AUUUGACUUGUUUGCUGUUGUCUCUUCGAUUUGAUCGCUGUCACCCUUCGAUUACCCCACAUCUGUCUGCACGCCGUGUAUCCGUCGCUCUCCUUCUUUCCCCUCCCCAACGCUCCAGCAUGGUUCCAGACGACCUCCUUGAGGAGUGCCUCCACAUCCUCCAGGACCAAGCUCUGGACGAAGAAGAGCAGGUCGAAAAAAUCGAAGACUUUGUACGCGAAAAGACCUCCUUAUCAGGCCCGUCCUUGGAAAAUGCCGUCCUCGACAUCCUUUGGCGCCAUCGCAAUCGCACCUUGCCCGACUCCUCCCCUCCGCCGCCCCGUCACACGGUUAUUCGCCGCUCGUCCCCGGCUCCCUGGCAGAUGGCUCGCUCUGCGACCCCGCUAUCCCCUCAUUCCAACUUAGGGACGAGCCCCGGAAGUACCUCCUGGCUGCAGAGCUCGCGAACGGGCUUUCCGCGGCCACCGCUGUCCUCCACGGUGUCACCCUUUACGUCGCCUCGUCCAUCGCCCCGACUCGCUCUUGCGCAGCCCAUUCCUCACUCUCCAAACCUCAACGCGUACGAAUUCUCCGACCAAAGCCAGGUGUCAGAUUUCUAUGGUGACCUAGGCAGCGAUAGCAACGUGGACUGGCUGGUUGCGGACGACGCGAAUAGCGUGACGUCGUCUAUUGGGACCGCGAGUCUUUCGGGGGCGCUGAGCGCUACGGCACCGGAGUUUGUCCCGGACAUGAGUCCGCACGACAUCCUACGGACGGUCUUGGGAGACAAACGAACCAACGAGGAAAUCGAGACGGCUUUGGAAGCCAAUAGCUACGACCUGGGCGCGACUAUUGCAUCGCUGUCGCAGCCGCAGGAUGGAGAUCUCAUAUCGCAACAUGUGGAAGAUAGCCACGUUGUGGUCGGCAAGUCCAUGUCGAUGGAGCAGCCGAAGAUCACCGUCGCCCCGGGCCACAGUCGCAGUCCCGUUGUGUGCAAAUAUUGGCUAUCUACAGGCCAGUGUCUCCGUGCCGAUUGCCGGUUUAGCCACGAUCUAACCAAUCAUCUUUGCAAGUAUUGGGUUAUGGGGAAUUGUCUGGCCGGUGACGGCUGCCCGUUUUCACAUGAUCCUUCCGCACUCGUGGCGAACCUGAGUGUGGCAGACGGCAACCCCGGGGCGGCUGGCACGUCGUUCCACAUGGACAGUGCCUCUGAGGCGUUCCCUCCACUGCAAUCGACUGCCGGGGUUGGCGACCAAUGGGGUGGCCAGUAUAUCAGCAAAAAUCCCGGCCAUUUGUCGGCAUAUGCCGGCAACAAGAACGGUCCUCAGGCGAUGCAGUAUAUUGUCGGCAAGCGGAAUGGUAGCAUGACUAGUCUGUCCCGUCCUCACUCUCGGCCCGGGAGUCGACACCAGCAUCGUGAGUUGAACCCGGCUGCCCCGUCCGUCGAUGACCCCGACGCCUUCCCCACCCUUGCCGCGGUCAGCGCGAAAAGCUCGAGCAAGAAGCAUCAUGGCAAACGGGGGGCACACAAUCGCGACAACAAUCCGAGCCGAGAGAAUCUCCCCACGUCAUUGGCGGAUGUUGUUCGGAUGUCCCCUUCUCCUGCCCCCGGAAAGGGCAAGUCGUCUUCUAAGCUCAACCGAGACGGGACCAAAGGGCGCGAACACAGCGCCGCGGCUCUGGCGAUUCCACCCCCGCAGAAUAUCCCGUGGCUCGAAACCGGCUCUCGAGCUAAUCAACAAUACAUCAAGUACCGCACGGAGGCCAUCCGCCAUGGCACCGUGAGGAACAAGUUCCUCCAAAGUGCGGCCCAAGCUUGGAAUCGGAAUGAUGCCAGAGCGGCCAAGGCUUUGUCUCUUCGAGGCCAGGCUGAGAACGAAGCGAUGCGCAAGUGCCACCGUGAAGCCGCACGGCAGCUGUACGAAGAGCGUAACAAGCAUAUCGUGGAUGCCGGCUUGGAUGACUCAGUAGAGGAACUCUACGUGGACCUGCAUGGCCUUCACCCGGAGGAGGCAAUUGAAUAUCUGGAGAAGAUCCUGCUGAAACAUGCGCGGGAAGGCCGGCGGGUGGUGUACGCCAUCACGGGCACAGGCCACCAUUCAAAGAACGGCAAGGAUAAGAUCGGCAAGGCCGUCAAGGCGUGGCUGAAUGAGUGGAAGUACCUGUUCCGCGAGUUCAGCGUGCCGGGCGAGCGGGGCGGCUAUGUUGGCGGCAUCCUGGGGAUUGACCCCACCAGCUACGACAAGACCUUGGCCAAGAGUCUGGAGGAAGAUGCCAACGGCAAGGCGGACACGGAAACGCCGGUGCUGACGAUGGGAAAGAUUCAGCUGCUGAAGCGCGAAGACCUGGAGUCGAAGCCAUAAUCAACCAAACUCAACCACAUUCAACCUUCUUUCUCCUAGUGCAUUCCCUUCAACACCUCGACUUGCGUACCGUUCCUUCAACGGGCUCGAUGCUGUGACGCUGUAAUGAUACUGCCGACAGGCACGCAGUUGUGGGGAAGCUA